UGUACUGAAUACAUCUUUAGAAGAAUUAGUUAUGUUAAUGUGACCAUUGAGGAAGUGUGUUGGGAAUUAACAAGUUGCUCAUCCAACUCUUCCCAGUCUUUUAAUUUGAUGGUCCAAAGCAGUGCAACCCAUGUUUUAAUAAGAUGGAAUGAAGCGUGAACAUAUUUAGUCAUAAACACUGACUAAAGUCAACAAUACUUUCUCAUUCCAGCCAUGGCAAACCCGGGAGGGCUCAUUGCCGCAAUAGCAAUCCUGAAGGCUACCUUUGACAACUAUGCUGGAACAGAUGGAGACAAGACGACUUUGAGCAAGAAAGAAGUUGGAGAAUUGCUCCGCGCUGAGCUUGGGGAUGAGCUCAAAGACAAAAAGGAAUUUGACAAGUUCUUCAAAGGUCUGGAUGGCGACAAAGAUGAUGUUGUUUCUUUUGAAGAGUUUAUCGUUUUUGCAGCAAGCUUCGCUAUGAUGGUGUUUGGGCAACAAUAGUCUUAAGCCACGUUGCUUCAGAACUUCUUUGGGUAUUUGAAUUUGUUCUAAAUGAAAACAUAAACUGGACGAUCUAAUUUGCACUGUAUUACAGUCACAGCCAUUCAAUUUGCAUGUCAUUUUCAUAUAUUCUGAGAAGGAAAACUUGGUUAAACACACAAAGAUAAAUCAUAUGGGUUAUUGUGUUGACUUGGAGGACUUAAAUUGUGCUGACUUUGAGUUUGUAUCAAUGAUGUUCAAUGUAAUCAGUGAACAAUAAAGAAAGGAAAAUAAAUGUCA